AUGGGUCAAUUUCAUUCCACAAGUCAAACGAGCUCCGAUGUUCCAGAAAAUUCAAACCAGAAGACUGAUUACUAUGAGCUACUCGGUGUAGAACGCGGUGCGUCGAAUGAGGAAAUCAAGAAAGCAUAUCGGAAGAAAGCUCUUGUGCUGCAUCCAGAUCGAAAUUAUGGAAAUGUUGACGAAGCCACCCAGCUGUUUGCUGAAAUCCAGUCCGCCUACGAAGUACUGGCUGAUCCCCAGGAACGGGCAUGGUACGAUUCCCAUAGCGACGCGUUUCUAGGGACCAACGGAAGUACCAACGAUCAACACUCAUAUAAUGUCCGAAUCACAACAGCUGAAGAUGUCCUCAAACUUUUUUCAAAAUUCAAUCCUCGAAUGGAUUUCUCUGAUGCCCCAACCGGAUUCUUCGGUGGUCUGCGAGAACAGUUUGAGCAACUUGCGCUAGAAGAAAGACUCGCCUGCCAGUGGGAAAAUCAAGAUCCUAUGGAGUAUCCAUCAUUCGGGUCUGUUAAUGAUGAUUUUGAGGACGUUGUACGACCCUUCUAUGCUGCAUGGACCGGGUUCUCCACUCAAAAGUCAUUUGCAUGGAAGGAUGUCCAUCGCUAUUCUGAAGCCCCCGAUCGUCGGGUGCGACGAAUGAUGGAAAAGGAAAACAGACGACUUCGGGAGGAGGGUAUCCGAGAAUUCAACGAUGCUGUCAGGUCUCUCGUGGCCUUUGUCAAAAAGCGUGACCCGCGGUAUAAAGUCAAUACCCAGAGUGAAGCACAACGCCAGGAAACCCUCCGUCAGUCCGCAGCUGCACAAGCUGCAAGAUCGCGAGCCAUUAAUCAAGCUAAGAUGCGUGAUCAUGUUCUCCCUGAAUGGGCCCAAUCGGAACGACCUGUCACAGAUGACGAGGAGAGCGAAGAGAGCGAAGUUGAGAGUUUCGAAUGCGUGGUAUGUCACAAAUAUUUCAAAAGCCAGAAGCAAUACGAGGCGCACGAACGUAGUAAAAAGCAUUUGAAGGCAGUCAAACAACUGUGCUGGGAGAUGCGAAUGCAGAACGACCAAUUGGAUUUGGAAUCUGCCGAUGACUUGAGUACCAAUGCAGGUCUCAUCCAGCCUCUUGAGGUUGGCGAUGACAAAGAUGGAGGUCAUGUUGCUCCCAUGGCCAAUCCGUUAGCAAAUACUUCCCUGAAGGGUCACGACACAGAUACUGAGGAGCAAGGAAGCUCGCACAGUCUAGAUCAAACAGUUCCUCCUCUUAUUGAUUCAAGCCCCCAAACGGAUUCGGACAAUGACUAUGCCUCCAGGGAAUAUGUCGAGACGAGGCUCCGCGCCGACAUGGAUUCUCUGUCUACGGGUCUCGAAGAUCUCGAAGUCCCUAAUCAAGCGUCCUCGGUUGGUCUCACUGGGCAGUCACCGGCUCUCAAGAUGGGCAAAGCCAAGCUGAAACGGGCAAAAAAGGCCGCCAAACAGGCGAAUCAAUCCACAGGGUUUGUUUGCGCAAAUUGCCAAGCUUCCUUCACAUCGAAAUCUAAAUUGUUUGAUCACAUUAGGGAUCUUGACCACGCACAACCCUUGGUGGGAUCAGUUGCCAAGAAGGGGAGAAAACCGUGA